GCUCGAAUUCGAAUACAACGACGCGAAUAUUUGGUUGCUGUCUUGAAUCACGUGACAGCUCUACUUUUCUACGUUUUUCUUCCAACUAGACCAGAACUUUAACUAUUUUGUGUUCUGAAUUGUUAAUUUAAUUGUAUGAUUACCCAAUCCACAAAUAAUUAGUGAAUUACCAGCUCAUCUCCAUUGAACAUGACGGGACGACGUGCCAAAUCUUCCACCAACGGAGGUGCUGAUACAAGUCGUCGUACCGACAAACGUACCGCUGCCACGCCCUCAAGCAAGAAGAGGGUAAAAUAUUUCGACCCCUUCUUGGGUGAAUCCUCCUCCGACGAGGAAGUUGAAGUACGGGGCGCUAGGCCGAAAAAUACGAGCACAGCAGAGACAAAAAAAUCUAAAAUUAGUGACGACCGGGAGGAGAGCGACGAGAAGAAUGAGCCCCCCAAGGAAAAAACGGCCCGAUCUGGAACAUCGGCUUCUGACAAGCAGAAAGAUGACGAGGGGGUGCCACCUGUCCGCCCAGAGUUUGGUGACCAUCUCGACUGCACCAUCUGUCUGGAUCUGCCGGCCUCGCCAAUCCACAGUUGCGCCAAUGGCCACCUCAUUUGCGGGAUCUGUGCCGAUAAGGUGCAGAAGUGUGGCAUGUGUCAGACGGCGUUGCACGUGUCAGCCUUUGCGGAACGGCUUUCUCGACAGCUCGAUUUGAAAUUGUCGUGUCUAAACCAAAAUUCUGGCUGUACUGAAGUAAUUUCUGCUACAGAAAUGAAAAAGCAUCUUCUAAAUUGUUCCUAUCGUGACAUAAUUUGCAUCGAAGGAUCUAGUAGACCGACAAAAGUGGCCAUGCACGAGUACGUGAAACAUUUAAAGGAACACCACCAGUGUCGUGAGCGAUCAUCUCGACGUUACUCGUUGACAUUGAAGGAUAACAAAAUAUCGCUCGACGUGUCGGGUCACAAAUGGCCAAUUGAGAUAUUGGAAAAGGACGGAAAUACUUUCCUCCUACAUUCUCGCAUUGGUGCGGAUACGGCCAGCUUCUGGAUGACAGUGCUUGGUGGCAAGGAAACCGCAGAAAAGUACAUGUUUGAAUUUAAAUUGCUCAAAGAUAUUGCAGGAGGGAAACAGGUCGAGGCUUCAUGGAAAAUGCCGGUCUUUGCGUUUCACGAGCGACCGAUUUAUGUGAAAUGUUUACCUUACUAUGUUGUCAUGCCCGGCGAGAAUGUUGGGAGUUUGCACCAAACCCAAACCUCCGGGCAUGUUUGAGUUGCACUUUGACGCGUCAUACCAAAUUAUUUAGAAAAUUUGUAUUGACUCAAUAUGAACUAUGUAUUUUUGGGCAAUUACAUUAUUGGUUGACGUUGUGUGCAAUAUGCAUAAUAUUUAUUUACAAAGAAAGCGUGUAUUAAUGGAAAUUGAUUCCGAAUAUGUAUUUGACCACUUAUUUACUUUACAUCAACAUGAUAAAUAUAUAAAUUACAACAUUGCAAAUUUAGCAAAAAUUUAUAAGUCUUGUAUAAAAUACAUUAUUGUCAGUUUUCUUAAUACAAA